AUGAAGCAAAAUCCAUUCGUGUCGUCAGAUUCGGGCAAGUCGCGAAAGCGCCAUUUCAACGCACCAUCGCAUCUCCGGAGAAAGCUGAUGUCAUCUCCCCUCACCAAAGACCUCCGCGCAAAACACGGAAUCCGCUCGAUCCCAAUCAGAACAGAUGAUGAGGUUACCGUGACUCGCGGUCACUACAAAGGAAACUCCGGACGUGUGAUGCGAGUGUACCGCAAGAAGUUCGUGAUCCACAUCGACAAGAUUACCCGAGAGAAGGCCAACGGAACCACUGUUCAUAUUGGCAUCCAUCCCUCUAAGGUUGCCGUCACCAAGUUGAAGCUCGAUCGAGAUCGCAAAGCCCUUAUUGAGAGGAAAGCGGCUGGACGUGCACGAGUUACAGGCAUCCUCAAAAACAAACACCAAGACGACACUAUUGAACAA